UCUCCCCCACCCACCACCCACCUCCACCACUUCUCCCUUACGCAAAUGGGAUCGGAAAAAAUUUAAAUUGGAAAAAAAAAAGAAAAAGUUAGCCCCAAAUUUCUCAAAACCCUAACCUAACGAAUCGAAAUCACUUCCCCAUCCUCGAGCAAAAUCGGAUCGUCCAACGAAUCCAAGGAACAAACAUUGGCUAAUCGGUGCGUAAUAUUGGAAGAGAAGUAGCUAUUUAAUCAUCUCUCCUGUUGAAGCAUAAAAUUUGCUUCUUGUUCGGGGGGUUAAUUCGACGCGCGUAUUAGUCUUGUGUGUGUCGCCAAGAAUGGCCCAGGAGAGCUGGAAGAAAGAGACCGACGAGACCGAAUACCGAACCCCCGAAGUGCCGAUCCUUUGUUCCAACAAUUGUGGCUUCUUCGGAAGCGCGGUCACCAACAAUCUUUGCUCCAAAUGCUAUAGAGACUUCAUGAUGAAGCAGCAAGAGACUGCUAUUCCAACUGUUGCUAAAGUCGAAAACAUGCCUACGGUUGAAUCUUCUUCUUCUUCUUCUUCUUGUGCUCCAAUUGAACCUCUCGUGGAAAGCUCGGAGAACAACAACGAGACCCGUCUUGUGAUCUCUAAGAGUAAAGAAGUGGAGGAUCAUGGGAAGAGCCGAGCGGCUAACCGAUGCUUUAUGUGUCGAAAAAAGGUGGGUCUUACUGGAUUUAAGUGUCGUUGUGGGGGCACGUUUUGCUCGGCUCACCGCUUUUACGAGACCCACCAAUGCUCCUUUGAUUACAAGACCGUUGGUCGCGAGGCGAUAGCCAAGGAGAAUCCUGUAGUAAAAGCCGAGAAGAUUAAGAAGAUAUGAAGGUGGCUUCAGAAGAAAACUAAAUGCUUUUGGAGAUAUAGGGAUCGCACUUUCUCAUUCGCGUCGUCGGUGGGUGCUUUCGGAAUAUAUUCUUGUUCUCGUGAUCGAGCUUUUCCAAAAGGAUUGCUGCUGCCGGAAAAACCCAUUUGGCUGCCCUGUAGAUUUGUGUGGAUGUUGCACGAACUUGUAAUCACAAAUAAUUUGAACAGAAAUUGUAUUUAAACUCGAUACUGUAAUCCCCUUUAAAUGUCCUUUGUUGGUCUUAAAUGUGUAAUCUUCUAUGGGCGGCGACAAACAUGUCUGUUCAUCUGUAGAUGCUCUGCUUCUGCCAUAUUGGUGGGAAAUUGAAUCAUGCUUCCUUUUCAUGA